AUGGCUGAAAACCCCCAGGAGAGCCCUUGCCCUCCAGUUGUUACCAAUAUUCAAUGCGUCCUCUCCGCCAGCGUUUACUACCUAUUGCCAAUCAAGCGGGCGAUAGAUAAAGCUGUGAAGCAAGCAAGCGCCCAGACACCUCUGAUCUCCCGCGUGCCCCGCGCCUACGGAGCCUUGCUUCUGAGCUACGCGCCCGGCCUGACCUGGCGCCCACCUCCUCCUCCCCGGCGCCGGGGCACGGGUCCUAGCACCCCGUCCGCAGGGCCUGCGGUCUCCGACACCCCCGAGGCCAGGCGCUGGCGCAGGGCGAGUUCCCUGGGGCUAGCGGGGCUGGCGUACUCGCCCAUCGGCGGGCGCUGCGAUUCUGCGUCAUGACCUGGGCGGGCCUCCGCUGACGCCAUCAGCUCGGCACCUGCCAACAUGGAAGGUGGUGACGGCGGCGUCGCCGUGGCGGGCCUGGGGGCUCCGGGUUCUGGAGGGGCCGCAGCGACAGUGCGGGCGCUUCUGCAGGACGAGUGUUACAGUGACUUUUUAAAUGAAGACUUUGAUGUAAAGACUUACACUUCUCAAUCUAUUCAUCAAGCUGUAAUUGCUGAACAACUAGCCAAACUUGCCCAAGGAAUCAGUCAGUUGGAUAAAGAACUACACUUACAGGUUGUUGCAAGACAUGAAGAUUUACUGGCACAAGCAACUGGCAUUGAGUCUUUGGAAGGUGUUCUUCAGAUGAUGCAGACAAGAAUUGGGGCUUUGCAGGGAGCUGUUGAUAGGAUGAAAGCAAAAAUUGUCGAGCCAUAUAAUAAAAUAGUAGCCCGUACUGCCCAACUAGCAAGACUUCAGGUUGCCUGUGAUUUGCUUCGGAGAAUUAUUCGCAUCUUGUAUCUCAGUAAGAGACUCCAAGGACAACUGCAAGGAGGAAGUAGAGAGAUAACAAAAGCUGCUCAGAGUCUCAAUGAACUUGAUUAUCUUUCUCAAGGAAUAGAUGUUUCUGGAAUAGAAGUAAUAGAAAAUGAUCUACUUUUUAUUGCAAGAGCUCGACUUGAAGUGGAAAAUCAAGCUAAAAGGCUGCUAGAGCAAGGUGUAGAGAUUCAGAGUCCAACUGAAGUUGAACUCCAUGUUUUCGCUAGGGGUCCUGGACGAUCUACUAUGCCAGCCCCAGGAAAUACUGCAGCUUUUCGUGCUUCCCUUUGGACCAAUAUGGAGAAACUUAUGGAUCAUAUUUGUGCUGCUUGUGGACAGGUACAACAUCUACAAAAAGUACUAACCAAGAAGAGAGAUCCUGUUUCUCACAUUUGUUUCAUUGAAGAAAUAGUUAAGGAUGGGCAGCGUGACAUUUUAUACAUAUUUUGGAAUUCAGUUACUCAGGCACUUUCUUCUCAGUUUCAUAUGGCAACAAAUUCAUCUAUGUUUUUGAAACAGGCUUUUGAAGGAGAAUAUCCUAAAUUAUUACGCCUUUACAAUGAUUUAUGGAAGCGUCUCCAACAGUAUAAUCAAAAUAUCCAAGGAAAUUUUAAUGCAACUGGAAGUACAGACCUCUAUGCUGAUGUACAAAACAUGGAAGAUGAUAAACAAGAUAUAUUCAUACCAAGAAAGCUGGAUUAUGAUCCAGAAAAAGCUUUGAAAGACUCACUGCAACCUUAUGAGGCUGCUUAUCUCUCCAAGUCCUUAUCUCGCCUCUUUGAUCCUAUCAACUUGGUUUUCCCCCCUGGUGGGCGUAACCCUCCUUCUCCUGAUGAACUUGAUGGAAUCAUGAAAACUAUAGCAAGUGAACUAAAUAUAGCUGCUGUUGAUGCAAACCUCACAUUAGCUGUGUCAAAAAAUGUGGCAAAGACCAUCCAGUUAUAUGGUGUAAAAUCAGAGCAGCUUCUGUCCACACAAGGAGAUGCAAGCCAGGUGAUUGGGCCUCUUACUGAAGGGCAGAAAAGAAAUGUGGCUGUAGUGAAUUCCUUGUAUAAGUUGCACCAGUCAAUCACAAAGGUAGUUUCCAGUCAGAGCUCAUUCCCACCAGCUGCUGAGCAAACUAUAAUUUCAGCCUUAAAGGCGAUUCAUGCUCUUAUGGGGAGUGCUGUGCAGCCCUUACUGACUUCGGUGGGAGAUGCCAUUGAGGCCAUAAUCAUCACCAUGCAUCAAGAAGAUUUUUCUGGGUCAUUAUCCAGCUCAGGAAAGCCUGAUAUUCCUUGUUCCUUGUACAUGAAGGAGCUACAGGGUUUCAUUGCCAGAGUUAUGAAUGACUACUUUAAACAGUUUGAAUGCUCAGAUUUUGUCUUUGACAACACUGAAGCUAUUGCCCAAAGAGCAAUUAAACUUUUUAUCCGCAAUGCCAGUCUUAUAAGGCCUCUUGGUGAAGGCGGGAAAAUGCGACUUGCUGCUGAUUUUGCGCAGAUGGAGUUGGCGGUUGGUCCAUUUUGCAGACGAGUAUCUGAUUUAGGAAAGUCCUAUCGAAUGCUGAGGUCAUUCAGACCACUGCUCUUCCAGACAAGCGAACAUGUUGCCAACAGCCCCGCACUGGGGGAGAUCAUCCCAUUCAGUGUCAUCCUUCAGUUUCUGUUCACCAGAGCACCUGCUGAGCUGAAGUCUCCCUUCCAGAGGGCUGAGUGGUCGCAUGCACGUUUCUCCCAGUGGCUGGACGACCACCCAUCUGAAAAGGACCGGCUCCUUCUGAUCAGGGGGGCGCUGGAAGCUUAUGUUCAAUCCGUGAAAAGCAGAGAAGGCAAAGAAUUCGCCCCAGUGUACCCCAUCAUGCUCCAGCUGCUCCAGAAGGCAAUGUGUGCUCUUCAGUUGCAAUAAGCAGUCUGUUCAUCUCCAAGUGGUGCUGGCUGUGCCCCAAGACUUGAAACCAUCAUGGACCUUGCCUGUAUUUACAUUCAUCUUCACCUCUGUAGCACUUCUACUUUCAGUAGCACAAAAUGGCAAGAUUCAUCACCACCUUUAAACUCCACAGGCCUGAUUCACCCAAGACAUCCAACGUUUUUCCUCUUAACAGUCGGUUGGGUUUUUUUGGUGCUGGGAAUCAAAGUCAUGACCUUGUGCUUGCCAGGCAGGCACAGCGCGCUGAGCCCCCAUGGCUAAGUGAUGGAGCAGUGAGGCCCCCACCCGCACCUCCCUCAGGCAUGUGGCCCCGUUCUUUUCAGAUUGGCUUACACACUUAAGUCACCAGGAAAGCUUCCAAAAAAUCCAGAUGUGCAUGUUGUAUGCUUAACACAUCUUAGGGCAGCAGUCAGGAAUGGAUGUUUUAAAAAUAAGUAUCUCUGCCAAGUAGAAAUUCCAGUGUGCACUGGUGCUAGCACUGGUGCAGUCUAAAGCUAAGGCAAGGCUGAGCGCUCAAGUGGGACACAGUAUCUUAGUGACGAUUUAAAUAAAGCUUUAUACACUGGCACUUCAUUGACAGGUAUGGGGGGGCUAUUCAGUAGCUUCGUAACAAAGAUGAUUAACAGUAACGCAGCCUUAUUUUGCUAAUGCUCAUGUCCCAUUGUUGUUGUUAAUUUUA